AAUGUCAUGGAUGCAAAACCUGAAAAACUACCAACACCUUCGGGACCCAUCCGAGUACAUGUCCCAGGUUUAUGGAGACCCGUUAGCGUACUUACAAGAGACGACUAAAUUUGUGACAGAAAGAGAAUAUUAUGAAGAUUUUGGUUAUGGCGAAUGUUUCAACUCUACAGAAUCAGAAGUACAAUGUGAACUUAUUACGGGAGAAUUCGAUCCAAAAUUGCUACCCUAUGACAAACGUCUAGCCUGGCAUUUCAAAGAGUUUUGCUACAAAACAUCUGCUCACGGAAUUCCCAUGAUUGGUGAAGCUCCAAACGUAUAUUAUCGAGCAGUUUGGGUCGUACUUUUUCUUGGAUGUAUGAUAAUGCUCUAUCUUAAUGCUCAAUCUGUGCUUGACAAAUACAACAGGAAUGAGAAAAUUGUCGAUAUUCAAUUGAAAUUUGACACUGCACCUUUUCCAGCAAUUACGCUUUGUAAUUUGAAUCCUUACAAAGCAAGUUUAGCAACAAGCGUGGAUUUAGUAAAGCGAACGUUGUCAGCAUUUGAUGGAGCAAUGGGAAAAGCCGGAGGAAACAAAGAUCACGAAGAGGAACGCGAAGUUGUCACCGAACCACCCACCACCCCUGCACCCACCACAAAACCGGCACGUCGUCGAGGAAAACGUGAUUUAUCUGGAGCAUUUUUUGAGCCAGGAUUUGCAAGAUGCCUUUGUGGAAGCCAAGGGUCUAGUGAGCAAGAGGAUAAGGAUGAGGAGAAGGAGGAAGAGUUACUUGAAACAACUACCAAAAAGGUAUUUAAUAUUAAUGAUGCCGAUGAGGAAUGGGAUGGAAUGGAAGAAUAUGACAAUGAGCAUUAUGAGAAUUACGAUGUGGAAGCAACUACUGGAAUGAAUAUGAUGGAAGAAUGUCAAUCAGAGAGAACAAAAUUCGACGAGCCGACGGGAUUUGACGAUCGGUGUAUUUGCGCUUUCGAUAGAUCAACUCAUGAUGCGUGGCCCUGUUUUCUGAACGGAACCUGGGAAACCACCGAAUGUGAUACUUGCAAUGAACAUGCUUUCUGCACCAAAGAUAACAAAACUGCGAAGGGCCAUAGAUCCCCAUGUAUUUGUGCUCCAUCUAGAUUCUGUGUAGCAUACAACGGAAAGACGCCACCAAUUGAAAUUUGGACAUAUCUUCAAGGAGGAACUCCAACUGAAGAUCCAAACUUCCUUGAAGCUAUGGGAUUUCAGGGAAUGACAGAUGAAGUUGCAAUUGUCACUAAAGCCAAGGAAAACAUCAUGUUUGCAAUGGCUACCUUGUCAAUGCAAGAUAGGGAACGGCUAAGUACUACAAAAAGGGAACUUGUCCACAAGUGCUCGUUUAACGGAAAAGCGUGUGAUAUCGAAGCAGAUUUUCUGACUCAUAUUGACCCUGCGUUUGGUUCGUGCUUUACCUUCAAUCAUAAUCGAACAGUAAACUUGACUAGUAUUCGAGCAGGUCCCAUGUACGGAUUACGUAUGCUGGUUUAUGUAAACGCGUCUGACUAUAUGCCAACCACGGAAGCCACAGGCGUUCGUUUGACUAUUCAUGACAAAGAAGAUUUCCCAUUUCCUGAUACGUUCGGUUAUUCUGCUCCAACUGGAUAUGUAUCCUCAUUUGGAUUACGAUUGCGAAAGAUGUCACGUUUGCCAGCACCUUAUGGAGAUUGUGUGCCAGAUGGCAAAACAUCGGACUAUAUUUACAGCAAUUAUGAAUAUUCGGUAGAGGGCUGCUACCGUUCUUGCUUCCAACAACUCGUGCUGAAAGAGUGCAGAUGUGGAGAUCCACGUUUCCCAGUCCCUGAAAAUGCACGGCAUUGCGAUGCAGCAGACCCUAUUGCAAGAAAAUGUCUUGACGCCAGAAUGAAUGACUUGGGAGGCCUACACGGAUCUUUCCGUUGCAGAUGCCAACAACCAUGCCGCCAGUCAAUCUACUCCGUUACAUACUCGCCGGCAAAGUGGCCGUCGUUAUCUUUGCAAAUUCAACUAGGAUCGUGUAAUGGUACAGCGGUAGAGUGUAAUAAGCAUUAUAAAGAGAACGGAGCAAUGGUGGAAGUGUUCUACGAGCAGUUGAAUUUUGAAAUGCUCACUGAAUCAGAGGCUUAUGGGUUUGUCAACUUGCUAGCCGAUUUUGGUGGACAACUCGGUCUUUGGUGCGGAAUAUCCUUCCUUACCUGUUGCGAAUUUGUGUUCCUUUUCUUGGAAACUGCCUACAUGAGUGCCGAACAUAACUACUCUCUGUACAAAAAGAAGAAGGCUGAGAAGGCAAAGAAAAUUGCGUCUGGAUCUUUCUGAAUUUGUUUUUUCUUGUUUUAAAGUUACCAUUGCAAUGUUGUGUCUUAAAAUAAAAAUUUACAUGAGAAUAA